AUGCCGGACAUGAGUAACACGACCGAGAAGAUGGACACGGCCAAAGAGUGCCGCCCGGAUACGAACAACGAAGCAAUAAGGUGCAUCGCCCGGUCGCGUCCAUCACACGUUAAUGGCUAUUUCAAUGGCAAGACGUACCUUGUUAAGACGUCCGACUUCGACCGGGCGACAUUCUUCGCUUUAAAAACAGAAGAGGAGAGAUUUCGCUACUUCGAAGAGCGCGUGGACAUAAUCUGGGACUUUUUUACCUGGCAGCGGUGA